GCUGUGGCUGUGUGCGUGUGAUGGUGAAUUUCGCGUUGUAAAUUUAUUAAAAAUGUCUUUAAAAUGGACUGGGAAUCGUAGUGAAUCCGGUAUUUUGCGUAAAAGUGAAUGUAAAGAGAAGAAAGAAGAACUAUUCGUGUUCGGGUACUCGUGCAAAUUGUUCAGGGACAAUGAGAAAGCCCUGCACAUUGACCAAGGAAAGCACCUCAUUCCGUGGAUGGGGGAUGAAACAUUGAAAAUCGACAGGUAUGAUGCUCGAGGGGCCCUGCACGACCUGUCGUCGCACGAAGCCCCGUCCGGGGGCUUCGACUGGCGAGUGGAGCUCACUAAAGCGGAGCUGGAAGUGGAACAACUGUGUGACGAAGAGAGGUACCGGGCCCUGCACACGGAUGAAGAUGAGGAGGAAAUGUACAAAGAAGAGGAGCUGAAGCGUCUCCACGCAGCGGGCUACGGUCAAGUGGGCUUCAACUACGAGGCCACGCAGCAGGAGCCGGCCGCGCCCGCGCCUCCCGUGGAGGUCGAUGAACCUUUCCUGCCUACGCCUGCGUUUAAGGCACUGCUGUCGCUGGAAAUUGUCUUGCCCGAGUCCCAAAAGCAGAACGCUAUAAUCGAGAAGACGGCCAAGUUCAUAGCGUCCCAAGGUGCCCAGAUGGAGAUCUUGAUUAAGGCGAAGCAGGGAGACAACCCGCAGUUCCGCUUCCUGAAUAAAGAUGAUCCGUUGAACCCGUAUUAUGCUGCACUCAUCGCGCUGGUCAAAGCUGGCAAAUGGCCGGAGAAGGAAGUGGAGGUUGUUGAAGAGAAACCACCAGAAACCGAAGAGUAUCUACAUCCGAGUUUGGCGUCAACAGUUAUCGAGUCUGCCCCAUCAAUCCCAAGCAUCCAUUACCGGCCGUCAGCCGACUGCGACUACACGAUGCUAAUAUCAAAAAUGCGGGGCGAAACCUCCCUAGACGAGGCCUACACGCCGGAAUUAGCACCGGGCGAAGUGGCCCCGCCGGGAACUGAACCUCUGCCGCCGAGAGCGAGCGCUGAGAUCGCGCGAGCACCCGUCAUGUACAACGCCUCGCAGCCGCCGCCGCCUAUCAUUAGUGACCAGCUAUGAACACUACCGCCGCCGCUGUUCGCGCAGUUCCCGCCGCGCUUCCCGCCGCCCCCGCGCCCGCGCCCGCCCCCGCCCGCGCCCGCGCGCUCGGCUGGCCUUAGUCUGGUGGAUCAUUAUAACACAGACUCCGAUAGCGCUGCCUCAGAUUCCGAUGACAGCUCAUCAUCUGACAAAACUCCCAUCCCCACCCCACCCGAGGAUGUUCAACUCGUCAUAGACAAGAUGGCUGCCUAUGUGGCUCGCAACGGUGACGAGUUCGCCGAAAUCGUGCGCUCGAAAAACGACCCUCGGUUCACGUUCUUAGAGCCCAGUAAUGUGUACCACGCGUAUUACAAGAGGCUGAUGCAGCAGAAGCGAGGCGAUGUUAAUGGGAAAGGGAAGGAUGCGAAAAAAAAGAGCUCUGCCCCUGUAUCUUUUUCAAUAAAAAAGCUAAAAGAACCGGAUCCAAUCCUUCCCAAACCAGCGCUUCCCUACGAAUCGAGUUCAGAAGACGAGUCGGAAAAAACGGAAAAGGCGGAAGAGCCCAAAGAGUCUCCCAAAUCAACCGCCCCCCAAAUAUUCCCCGCUGCACACAUACCCCCAAUAGUCGUCUACAAGAUUGAAAACCAGACCAACGAUAUGCCCAAACCCAUAGCACCAGUCAAACCUAUCCCCCAAGUGAUACCUACCGUCUUACCGGAGAUGAAAGAAGUAAANGGCAACGCCCCAUCAAUCCCAAGCAUCCAUUACCGGCCGUCAGCCGACUGCGACUACACGAUGCUAAUAUCAAAAAUGCGGGGCGAAACCUCCCUAGACGAGGCCUACACGCCGGAAUUGGCACCGGGUGAAGUGGCCCCGCCGGGAACCGAACCUCUGCCGCCGAGAGCGAGCGCUGAGAUCGCGCGAGCACCCGUCAUGUACAACGCCUCGCAGCCGCCGCCGCCUAUCAUUAGUAUGCCGAUCCCGCCGCCGCCGCUGUUCGCGCAGUUCCCGCCGCGCUUCCCGCCGCCCCCGCGCCCGCGCCCGCCCCCGCCCGCGCCCGCGCGCUCCGCCGGCCUCAGUCUGGUGGAUCAUUAUAACACAGACUCUGAUAGCGCUGCCUCAGAUUCCGAUGACAGUUCAUCAUCUGACAAAACUCCCAUCCCCACCCCACCCGAGGACGUUCAACUAGUCAUAGACAAGAUGGCCGCGUACGUAGCCCGCAAUGGUGACGAGUUCGCGGAGAUCGUGCGCUCGAAAAACGACCCUCGGUUCACGUUCUUAGAGCCCAGUAAUGUGUACCACGCGUAUUACAAGAGACUGAUGCAGCAGAAGCGAGGCGAUGUCAAUGGGAAAGGGAAGGAGGCAAAGAAAAAGAGCUCUGCGCCUGUAUCUUUCUCAAUAAAAAAGCUGAAGGAACCAGAUCCAAUCCUUCCCAAACCAGCGCUUCCCUACGAAUCGAGUUCGGAAGACGAGUCGGAAAAAACAGAAAAGGCGGAAGAGCCCAAAGAGUCUCCUAAAUCAACCGCCCCCCAAAUAUUCCCCGCUGCACACAUACCCCCAAUAGUCGUCUACAAGAUUGAAAACCAGACCAACGAUAUGCCCAAACCCAUAGCACCAGUCAAACCUAUCCCCCAAGUGAUACCUACCGUCUUACCGGAGAUAAAAGAAGUAAAAGAAAUAGAAAAGAAAGAAGAAAAACCGAUCCAAGAAGAAAUCAAAAUAAAAUCUCCGACGCCUGACAAGAAAGUUGAGAAAAAAGUAAAAGAAAGCCCUAGGAAAGAAAAAAGAAAACAUAGGGAUAGGAAAAAAGAAUACAAAUCUAAGUCGGAGAGCAAAGAGUCUAAGAGAGUGGAGCGGAGUGUAGAUAGAGAGAAGAAAAAAGAUAGAGACGGGGAGAAAGAGAAAAAGAAACGAAGGUAUAGCAGAGAAGAGUUGGACAGUGAGAUUAUUUCGCUGGUUGACACUACGGACGAUCUAAUUGACUUGACUGGCGACCAGGAUUCUAAAGGCGAAUCAGACGCGCGCUCCAGCGACCGCGCCAAGCAACAGGCGCGCCGACGCCGCGCCGCCGAGUUCCUGAAGAAAGUCGGCGUGGACCCCGCCGCCGCCGCGCUGCCUACAUCUUCCUUAGCCAGCGCCAUGGUGGACACAUUGGAAUCGUUGCGAAAGAAGAAAGCCGAAGAGGAGGAGAAACGAAGAAAACGCGAGAAGAGACGCCAUCGAGACCGAUAUGAUUAUGAAAAUGGGUCUGAAAGGUCACACAGAAAGAGCAAACGCAGAAAGAACAAGUCAUCAGAAGAAAAUGACGAGUCGGAUUAUGACGGCACCAAAAAGAAAAAACGAAAGAAGGAAAGACGACACGCCUCCAAAAGCAAAAAGCGGAGGCGCCGAGACGAACCAAUGGAGGAGGAAGAAGGAGAAAUUGACCACCCCAUCAAUAUUGACCUCACGAGCACUCUGAAGGAACUCAGAAACGCUUCCCCCACCAAAGAACUGGUACAAGACAUUGAUGACAACACGCAGCAAAGCUUUGUAAGGCAGGAAGACUCCUCGGAGGAUGAGAAUGGAGAAGUGAGAAGGGAUAGAAGAAGGAAGAAAGAAGAUAGGGAGUAUAGUGAGGGAGAGUGGUCCAGCGAUACGGAGCAGGACUCCGGGUCGUCUUAUAGCGGGAAAGAAGAAUGAUAAUCAGGUA